AUGACUGGGAGAGCCAGAGCGCGAGCAAGAGGAAGGGCUCCUGGUCAGGAGGUGGUGCAGCGCGUGGGCGCCGCUGCCAGUCAGCAGCCUGGUUAUAUUCAGCCUAGACCACAGCAGCCACCAGCCGAGGGGGAGUUAGUUGGCCUCGGACGACAGAGAGGAACAGUAGAGGCGACCGCCAAGCCACAAGAAACCCAGAUAUCUGCUGGAUUUCAGGAGUUAUCAUUAGCAGACAGAGGAGGUCAUCGUAGAGACUUUCAUGAUCUUGGUGUGAAUACAAGACAGAACCUAGAUCAUGUUAAAGAAUCAAAAACAGGCUCUUCAGGUACUAUAGUCAGUCUAAGCACUAACCACUUUCGAUUGACAUCCCGUCCCCAAUGGGCCUUAUAUCAGUACCACAUUGACUAUAACCCAUGGAUGGAAGCCAGAAGACUCCGCUCAGCUCUUCUUUUUCUACAUGAAGAUUUAAUUGGAAGGUGUCAUGCUUUUGAUGGGACAGUAUUAUUUUUACCUAAAAGACUACAGCACAAGGUUACUGAAGUUUUUAGUCAGACCCGAAAUGGAGAGCAUGUGAGGAUAACAAUCACCUUGACAAAUGAACUCUCACCUACAUCACCAACUUGUUUGCAGUUCUAUAAUAUUGUUUUCAGGAGGCUUUUAAAGAUCAUGAAUUUGCAGCAGAUUGGACGGAAUUUUUAUAACCCAAGUAACCCAAUUGAUGUUCCAAAUCAUAGGUUGGUGAUUUGGCCUGGCUUCACUACUUCUAUUCUUCAGUAUGAAAAUAACAUCAUGCUUUGCACUGAUGUCAGUCAUAAAGUCCUUCGAAGUGAAACUGUUUUAGAUUUCAUGUUCAACUUGUUUCAUCAAACUGAAGAACAUAACUUUCAAGAACAAGUUUGUAAAGAGCUGAUAGGUUUAAUUGUUCUCACCAAGUAUAACAAUAAAACAUACAGAGUAGAUGAUAUUGACUGGGACCAGACUCCAAAGAGUACCUUUAAGAAAGCCGACGGCUCUGAAGUCAGUUUCUUAGAGUACUACAGGAAGCAAUAUAACCAAGAAAUCACCGACUUGAAACAGCCAGUUUUGGUCAGUCAGCCGAAGAGAACAAGAGGCCCCAGAGGCGCAGUACCCAGCCCGACGCUGCUCAUCCCUGAGCUCUGCUACCUCACAGGUCUAACUGAUAAAAUGCGUAAUGAUUUUCAUGUGAUGAAAGACUUGGCUCUUCAUACAAGACUAACUCCAGAACAAAGGCUGCGUGAAGUAGGAAGACUGAUUGAUUACAUUCAUAAAGACGAAAACGUGCAGAGGGAGCUUCGAGACUGGGGUUUGGGCUUCGACUCCAAGUCCUUGUCCUUCUCGGGAAGAAUCCUGCAAGCAGAGAAGGUUUAUCAGGGUGGAAGAACGUUCGAUUACAGGCCACAGUUUGCAGAUUGGUCAAAGGAAACAAGAGGGGCACCGUUAAUUAGUGUUAAGCCACUAGAUAACUGGCUACUGAUCUACAGUCGGAGAGAUUAUGAAGCAGCCAAUGUGCUGAUACAAAAUCUAUUUAAAGUUACACCAGCCAUGGGCAUACAGAUGAAAAAAGCAGUAAUGAUUGAAGUGGACGACAGGACUGAAGCCUAUUUAAGAGUCUUACAGCAGAAGGUCACAGCAGACACCCAGAUAGUUGUUUGUCUGUUGUCAUGCAGUCGGAAGGACAAAUAUGAUGCUAUUAAAAAAUACUUAUGUACAGAUUGCCCUACUCCAAGUCAGUGUGUGUUGGCCCGAACCUUAGGCAGACAACAGACUGUCAUGGCCAUUGCUACAAAGAUCGCCCUGCAGAUGAACUGCAAGAUGGGAGGAGAGCUUUGGAGGGUUGGUAUGCCUCUAAAGCUAGCCAUGAUAGUUGGCAUUGAUUGUUACCAUGACACCACAGCUGGACGGAGGUCAAUUGCAGGCUUUGUAGCAAGCAUCAAUGAAGGGAUGACCCGCUGGUUCUCUCGCUGUGUAUUUCAAGAUAGAGGGCAAGAGCUAGUAGAUGGGCUCAAAGUCUGCUUGCAAGCUGCUCUGAGGGCUUGGAGUAGCUGCAACGAAUACUUGCCUAGUCGAAUUAUCGUGUAUCGGGAUGGCGUAGGAGACGGUCAGCUUAACACAUUGGUGAACUAUGAAGUACCACAGUUUCUGGAUUGCCUAAAAUCUGUUGGUAGAGGUUACAACCCAAGACUAACGGUCAUUGUGGUGAAGAAACGAGUGAACGCCAGAUUUUUUGCUCAGUCUGGAGGAAGACUUCAAAAUCCACUUCCUGGAACCGUUAUUGAUGUAGAGGUUACCAGACCAGAAUGGUACGAUUUUUUUAUCGUGAGCCAGGCAGUGAGAAGUGGUAGUGUUUCUCCCACGCAUUAUAACGUCAUCUAUGACAGCAGUGGCCUGAAGCCAGACCACAUACAGAGGUUAACUUACAAGCUAUGUCAUGUCUAUUAUAACUGGCCAGGUGUCAUCCGUGUCCCUGCCCCUUGCCAGUACGCCCACAAACUGGCUUUCCUCGUUGGCCAGAGCAUUCACAGAGAGCCCAGCCUGUCGCUGUCAAACCGCCUUUACUACCUCUGA